AUGCCGGAGAUCAAGACAUCUAAUCCAGGCACACUGGGAGCUCUGGAGUCCUUCACACCUUCUCCACCGCGCCUGUCUGUGCUGCCUGCUGCUGAUCGCUGGGGAGACUCCAAGAUCCCCCGCUCCCCACUCGCAAAGUCUCCAGCCGCUUCAUCGACAAAUGGGUUUGGUGCAAACGCGGGCAGUGCAAAAGGCAACAGCCCAUCAAAAUUGCCAUCUCCCGGGGCGAUCCCUCCCAGCCCCAAGCGCGUAAUGACACCCGGUGCAUCAUCACUGAACAGGAGCGCAUCACCACUGGGCGAGUCGCGCAUACCCAAGCCGCGCGCAGGCGCGCAGGCAAGCGGCACGGCAGCGCCGGAGACGCGGAAGCAGCGGUACGUGCCCCGAGCAACGCCGGAGCGCUCGUCUCAGAGCGGCAGCAGCUCCGGUGGCCGCAGCGGCGGGCGGCCGCGCAGCGCCAAGCCCAAACCCAAACUGACAGAUCUGGAAAAAGGCUGGGUCGGCAAUGAUGUGCCCAUUGAGGACAAUGCAGAGGACGGCACCUUUGCAGGAGAUGAGGCGUUGAAGGUGGCUGAGGAGCUGUCUGCUCCCAGCGAAACCAAGGCAGGGGUUAUGGGAGUUGCUGAGUCGGGGCUGACAAAACCUAAUCAAGAAGGCAACACCACAAACUUGGAAGCGAAUGCCUCCAGCAGCAAAGUAGACGCAUGCACGCAGGUCACCCCAAAGCUGGGGGAUAUGACAAAUGGACCAGCUGAGCAAAAUAGCCCAGCUCAGAAAGCCCAGGCAUGCGCGUGCUGCGACAUCAUGUGA